AUGGGUAGGAGAAACAUCUUUCUUUCCUGGUACUUUCCUGCUACAUAUGCAGCUACCACAAAUGGGUGGAUGGAAAAAGAAGUUUUUUAUAAUUAUUUUGAAAAAAGCUUCAUUAAAAGUACAAAUCCUACUCCAGAAAAUCCUGUUCUUCUAAUUUAUGAUGGGCAUUCAUCACACGUGGAUUUGAAACUAAUAGAUACUGCUAUAAAAAAUAAUGUAACAAUAAUGUUACUUCCUCCACAUUCAAGCCAUUUGUUACAGCCGUUAGACCUAGCUGUUUUUAAAUCUAUAAAAAAUGAAUGGGAUAAAAUAUUAUGCUCUUGGUGUAGAAAUCACCAGGGACAAAAAUUGCCUAAGUCAGAGCUUUCUAAAAUAAUUUGUAAUAUUUGGACAAAGCUUGAUCCACAAAUUAUAAAAAAUGGAUUUAGAAAAUCUGGGAUAUAUCCAUUUAAUCGUACUGUUGUAGAACGUUCCAAAUUUGACCCUCUGAAGCUUUCCAGAUAUGAUGAAAAUUGCCAAUCAGACAUAUUAUUACAUGACUUGCCUUCUACAAGUUAUACAACAACAGCAGAAGAGACUUCUACAAGUUAUACAUCUACAGCAGAAGAGCAUUCUACAAGUUAUACAACUACGUCAGUUAAUAUCGAUACUGCAGAAGAGCUUUCUAGAAAUUAUAUAACUACUGAUGUAGCAGAAGGGCCUACAAGCUACACUAAUAUUGAUAUUACAGAAUGUUUAAGUGCUGAAAAUUCAACUGGAAACAGUAAUAAUUUGUUUGAAAUACUUUUACUUAAUUCAAUGAAACAAGCCACAUUUGAAAAACAAACAAAACGAAAAAUCACAGGCGGUGCUUCUGUUAUUACUUCAGAAGAGGCAGUACAAAUCUUAAAAGAAAAAUCAAAUUUAAAAAACAUCCCAAAACAUAAAACUACAAAAAAAAAUUGA